UAGCAGCAGAGCGGCGGCGGCAGCAGCAGUAACAUCUCCUCUGACGCCGCUCCUCUGUCCUCGCGACGAGUCAUCUCGUUUAGGUCGUGCAAGCCUGCAGGGGGAAUGAGGAGGACUCGAUGGCGCGCGGAGACGCCGGGCACUCAAGGAGUGGGGGAAGGGGAUCGCUAGCUGUGGCGCAGGGUAGAGGGGCAGGAAGGGCCGAUGAGCCAAGGAACGAGGAGAGGAACCGAGAAGAGAGGCGACAGGGUCGAGGGAGAGUAGCUACGGGACAGAAGGAUAUAUGGUUGUGUAUUAUGUACUCGGGACCCGUGUUACAUACGCCUCCGUUUCUCCAUGUAUACGUAAGCGAGCAGCUCGCAUCGAAGAUGUGGCGAACAUGGAAUCACGCGACUCACGUAAAAAAUGAUCCUGUGAUCCUGGUGCGGAAGAUGGAAGGACGGAGUGAGAGGAUGGCGGCAAGAGAUGGGAUAAUGGCACGCCGAAUGGAUGACGUGUACAAGAAUGGAGAUUCCAGCAGUGUUCGUGGGUAGAGUAGAACGGAGAACAGUACCAGACAAAUUGCAACUGAUAAUUAUCACCAUUGCUGGACAGAGAUAUUGG